AUGGCAUCUGAUUCUGAAAUGAACAAUGCUCUUGAUCCAAGUGAAAUUGGUGAUGCCGACUCCCUGGUAUCUACCGCAGAAAGCGAAGAGGAAGCGGAGUACCUCGUGAAUGACAUCCAUGCGGAGCGGAGGUUCUAUGUAGAACCAGAUUCUGAGGAUGAUGAAGGUGUCUUUAUCACUCAGUAUUUGGUCGAGUGGGCUGGGUACAGCAUGGACAGGUGCAGUUGGGAGCCGAAGGAAAUGUUUACUUCGGAAGAGACACUUGAAGACUGGGAAGAGAAGAAAAAGCAGAUUGCGGAGGGCAAGGUGCCUCGCUUCGAUCUCAAGUCAUGGGAGAAGCGCAUGGCUUUGUUGGAGAAGAAGACGAAAAAGCGAAAAGAAGAUCGAAGGCGCAAACGAGAGCAAAGGGCAAGACAGAGAAGCCUCCCUCAGGCUGAAUCAUCUCGACUGGCCAAUCCCGGUAUCAUAGAUGCCGAUGAGCCCGAAGCAGAUACCGCAUCUCACAGAGCUCCCAGUUGCCUAUCCGUUGAUUCCAUGGCUUCGGCCUUAUUUGUAGAAGCUGAAACCCCUCCGCCGUCAAAAACUGUGGCUCGCCAAUUGCUGCAACAAAUGGCACCUCCAAGGUCAGCUACCUCCAGUGCGCAAACACCUCGGAACGAGCCUCCAGGAUCAACAACCUUGAUUGCACAGAGAGAAACAAGCCCGGGCAAGCCAAACUCGCGACUCUCUCAGCUCGCAAAGAAACUUAGUGCCAAGCACAAGCCCAAGGCGUGCCCGAAAAGCCCCCCACAAGCAGCGAAGCCGACAUUGUCUUCCUUUGGUACAGGCUCGGGGGCCAAGCGCGCAUCCCGUGAUAAUAAUAAAUGGAGUGAACGAGCACCGGAUUUGUCACAGAUGAAGCUGAUGAAGCCUUCUGAAUUUCCACCAAGGAUGAACAUAGUCGCCAACACCCCAGUCAUUGGCCCAUCUGUGACAAGUCCCAAGUCCCCGAAAGCCCCAAACCAACCUGCUUCCGAGAAUUCAGUCCGCCAGACCGGUCUAGUAAAGACACAUACUGUUCAAACAGACGAUAAAGCUACGAAACAGCCACAGAAACCUGUUGUCCUCGCGCCUUCGUCCGUCAUGGCUCCUCCAGUGUCUCGCUCUUCGAACUUAGGCUCCACUGCGUCAGUUUCCUCGUCGGCUGUGUUGUCUGGCCCCAGUGCACCAUUGAAUGCAGAAAGACAUGUUGGUCCUGUAGAUUCAACUCCCUCUUUUCCCUCGUCAGCUACCCAACCAAAGCCCCCUCCACAGGCCGACCUCACCCAGCCUGUCGAUUCUGUAGAUUCUACUGUCCCUACUUUCUCGCCGGCAGGUGAGGCUCCUUUGAAGAAUCCUGCUGGGCGGCCAACCUCUGCCCUUAUUACGCCCUCACCAGCUCCCCGUCCCCCAUCACAGGCCAAUAUCGACACACCUACCGGUCCUUCGGCCUCUACUAGCUCCGUCUUCCCUCCAGUUGUCCUUUCCGGAGCCCGUGCGGAGGCUACUUCAAUGAAACCUGCUGGACUCUCGGAUCCCCUUAAUGCUCUCUCGCCAGCCAUUCCAACUCGGCCGCGUGCAAGGGUCAAUCUCGAGAGGCCUACUGGGAAUCGACACUCGCAGGACAGCCGCGAGACAGUCCGAGGCUGGGACAACUAUAGGCCUGACUCAGCCUACAACACAAUCGUGGCUGAUACAUACCGACCGUCAGAGCGCUCUCAUCGGCCGUCGCCGUCUCGAUGGUCAUCACCACCUCGGCGGUCAUCUCCAUCCCGACGGCCACGCUCACCACCCCCACGCCGGCCAUCGCCAUCUCGAUGGUCAUCACCCUCUCGUCGGUUACCGCCCUCCCGAAGGUCACGCUCACCACGCUCACGUCGGCAAUCCCCAUCUCGAUGGUCAUCACCACCCCGAAGGUCACGGUCACCGCCCCCCAGUCGGCCGUCAAGGUCUUCUCACCGUGAUAUGGGCGGUUCUUACGCGCCUCGUAGCCCGUCACCGAGUCAUCAUCGGAUUGCGUCAAGAUCUUCGAACUUAAUCGGGUUGAAUGUAAACCCAUCAGCCAAUGCUCAAGCAUUUGUGCCCACUGAACCCAGAGCUGGACCACCUGCUCAACCAAGUCUUUCCAUCGCGGCCCAAAUUGCAAGAAUGCCGGUGCGUGAUAGCCGGGCGCCCGGUUGCCGAAAGAUUGGUGAUUACUGGUGCAACAAAGUCUUAGGAGAGGUUCUUGUCCACAUAUUUAUCGGACCCGACAGGAGACCCCUCGGUGCUUUCAGACUAUGCGGCAUCCCUCAGAACGUUCGGCAAUGUCUGAUGUUUGCUAAGAAUCCGGAAACGCACCAAGUCGAGGUUUGGUUUAAGUACCUAUGCACAGUCAGGGACUACGAAAGAUUGUGCGAAUCCAGUGCGAUAAAUUCUGUACGGAGUACCGGCUGGCUCGAGGGCUUCAGCGACACCAACGAAAAUCUAGUUCAUCUAGCAGAGGAUCUGCGAAAGGACGACCUCAUCGCCAUUCACUAUCCUGCGGAGCAAAGAAAGGGACUGGCUCCAGUUGUCUGGCUUGCUUGGUCACAUGGGUCACAGGAAUUCAAGUUUCCAGAUCCUAAUGAUGAAGUGCCACCCGGCAUUCCUCUACUCGUUGCCGCUCGCACUAUGCUCGCACCGAUCGAAACUCUAGGGGCAAGUGGGCCUAGCCAGCCUAGUGAACGACCGCAUAGCCUUUUGCCAGAUACAUCGCUUUCACUGCGCGUGCAGCCCCCUAGUGCAGGUGAUGGCCUAGAGUCUGGCAGUCACACAAGACGGUCGAACUUCCACCAUGAUACGGGAAUGAGUGGAUCCUUGCAAUCUCGAGAGACGCUGGCCUUAGCACCGUUCCAAAGAUUUCCGCCCGCAGGUGAACUCAAGGAUAAUUCAAUUGGCGCUAACCCCCAACCCCAAGAUAACCUCGCGGUCCAAGCGGCUAAAGCAGCAGUCCAAGCGGUUGACGAGUUCAUGAAAGCCCACAAAAUCAGCGUGGAAGAACUUGCGACAAUCGAGGAAGGCGGAAAACUAUCAAAGGCACAUAUGUUCUAUUUGCACUUUCCCCUAGGCAAUGAGGAAGUGCAAAUGGAACUGCAGCUUCUGCAGAGAAUUUUGGACUACUAUAAGAAGAUUGUUUUCACAAGUGACAACCCCGAAGAUUGGGCGAAAUUUGUGCACAGCAGCAGACAGGGCGUGGCCAUAUUUCACGAAUCAUUCGCCGGAUACGAUACGUUGCAUCCCCCGCUCAAUUCUGUGCUUCCUACCAACCCGUUCAAUUUCUGGAUUGUCCGCAUUCAAAGACCACUGGAAUUAGUUGAUCCCCGGUAUUGUUCACCUAGUGACCACGGCCUACGCAUCUUCCCACAUGGCGGUGUCAUACUUCUCACUGAAGAUGUGUUGACAGACCUAAAAGGGGUGGCGGUCACCCUCCAAUGGAUUCGGAAUGUAAACAAGAACAAACGCAAGUCUUGGACGCUGAUGCUCCCCCCUGGGAUACUUGAUUGGAUCGAAAGGAGACUCAGUGAUGAGAAUCACUCGCAAGAUCAUGGCCUCCUGCUGCUCAUCCACAUGUUGAUCAUCAAGAACAACGCCACGGACCCUCGCACAGGCUUGUUCGAUACAGCCAGUCUACACCUUAACUCAAAAAGCAACGUCAUCGCACCCUCUCUUAAUGAAUACGGUACUCGCACGGAGCACCACGGCCUCAAAAUCAAGGACAAAAUUGAACGAGACGCAGAUCAUCUGAUCGAAUUCUUCGCAGGAUGGUCACUGAUUAACGUACCACGCUUCCGGAACUUCAUCGCUGUCACAUCUCUCAGUGCUACUACCGGGCCACGGUGGAACAAAUGGGGCCAUAUGACUGUCAUGCGAGGUGGUUUCGCCCAUUUCUUUAAGCGGUUCAAAAUAGACUCGGUAGGCCUUAUGGGCUACCUGUCAGGUGCCAAGCCACAGGCUUCUGUUGGCCAAGUAGCUACCCCGAUGACCGCGACCACACCGCUGACGCCUAAUUGGGCGUCCCACAACUCCAACGCCGCUAUUCAAUCUACCUUUACAGGCAGCCCAAACGGUAAUGGCACAAACAAGUACCCUGCUCCCUACAAGUGA